ACCGUAGCCGUAGCCGCAAUCGCCACUUCCACCAUUCGAUUUCUCUCUCUCGUCCUGCUAUCCAUCUCUUCCACACUCCGAUCAACGACUCUCCGAUCCUCGAGUGAGUAAGAGCACGCUCCUGCCUUCUUCGCCACAUCUCCGCCAUCCGAUCAACUGUCUUUCUCGUCUUCAAUCUCUACAAAGUGAGCCUGGCUCCGCCGUCGUUUGAGGUGAUCGCCGUCUAUAGUCUCUCUUCCCCUGCAACUUAGCUGUCGAAUGGUCUUACUCUGUCUUCUGCAUCUUCAAUUUGUAAGCAGUUUUCUCUUAACCAGCGUAAAUCAAUCAAGAACAAGAGAGUUAACAUUUCAUAUUGGAAUUGAAUUACAUAGAUUUCUCUUCAAUUGAGACUUACCUUCUAAAAGCCCUAACUUUUUCACUUCCUCCUUCCUGAACCCAGAAUCCAUAGACAGAGGAACUCUCAUUCUUCACUCUCAAACAUGUUCUUCCACAUAGUAUUGGAGCGCAACAUGCAGCUACAUUCGUGCCACUUCGGCCGCAACCACCGUGAGAACCUCGUUUCCAAGCUCAUGAAAGAUGUCAAGGACACUUGCAGGAAAGACAGGAUUGGCAACAAUGUGGUGAGCUGCCUCAUUAUCACAGUAAAGAGGUGUGGAGCGACAUUGGCGAAUACCAAAACUGUGUAAUAAGUUGCGAAGCCAAAUGACCUCUUUAGUGGUAGAAGCCUAUGAGUGUCGUGGGUCAUCAUGUAUUGAGAAAAAUUGUCAUCUCUAUGAGGAUCCACUAUUGCUUUGAAAUUUUCUAAUGUAUCGAACAGGCAAAGGACCAAAAAAGUCAUUGUUGGAGA